AUGGCUGACAUUGAUAGGUGGUACGAAGAGGACUCGGAACUCCUUUCUGGGGGCAAAUUCAUCGCUUUGGAGGUUUCCGACGACGACGAGGAUGAAACGGGUUAUGAGGACGAACAGGCUGUGCAACGCACGCCAACAACUGCUGUAUUGAAAGGAGACGCGAAAACAGACGCGAAAGCAGACGUUAGGGGACUCACGACUCCAAAACUUGUGAAAAGUCCCGAAUCGAGAGGCCAGAAUGGCGGAAAUACAAAACACAAACGAUGGUCAAUGAUCUCCAGCAGCUCGAAAAAAAGAUGGUCGUCGCUGUCUUUUGCCAGUGAGGACCGUCGUAUGAGCCCUGCCCCGUCGUCGUCGAAAAAAAGACGCUCCACAGCCAGCAUCGAUCUUCUAGAGCAGCCAGUUGCAAGCAAUGCCAGCGAUAACAGCAGCAGCAUUAACAACAGCAACAACAACAAUGCCAACACCACAGCUGAGAACGGGGAAAACUCGUAUGGCUCGUCACGCAGAAUUUCCGUGUCGUCCAGCAUGCAAUCGCUCCCCAGAAGCUCGACCAGCAACUCGCUGCGUCAAAUGUUUGGGAAAAUAGCAUUGCAGGACGAAGAAAAGGAAAACAAGACCGGCGUCAAGCGUUUUAUCGGCAAAAUGUCGCCCCGACGCAACCAGUUCCGUUCCACGCUCGGCCAACUCGACGCAAAUGUCUACGCUACCCUCAAUGCCCGCAAUUCUUACGCAGAUACUGCAAGCUUGAUCUCUGAAAUGAGCAUGUCCUCGAAAGCAUCCGUGUCAUCAGCCUCGAAAUGGAAGUUUUGGAAAAGACAAUCAGAAUCAUAUGAUCCCAGCUCGCCUUCGGCUUCAUCUUCUCAAUCAGUCCUGCAUUCAAAUGGUAGCUUAGUGACUCGAAGAUCUCAAUCCUCUUUGAAACAAAAAUCAUCCCAUUCUUCUUUGAAAAAACUGAGCACGCAUCGUAACUCCGUGACUAGCGAAUCCAUAUCUCUGCCCAUCCCAGACCAAGUCUCUAGAGACAAACUGCGCACGAAACUUCGCAAUUCAACUUCCAUCCUGUCUAUGAGAUCGACAGUGAUAGCCGAGGAGUUCGAAGACUUUCAAAUCUCACAACUUUUGAAGCUUUGUGACCAGACAGAACCAGUCCCGAUAGAAAAACUGAUCCCAGAGUGGUCAAAGAUGACCAAAAUCUCGAAACACGUUGCUCGUCAUAAAGAUUUUGUGCUCAAGUUUUUACCAUUGGCAGAGGAUGAAUUUACUCAUAAUAAAAACAUCAGAGUGAAAGAACUUGAGCUUUUAAAACUUUUUAGCGGCACCCCAGGCUUCACUCAAUUUGUCUCUUGCCAUUUGGCCUUAAUACAUGGUGAGUCUACUUUGGUAUGCAAAUUAAAAUACGCGGGUGUGCCGUUGAUAAAAGCAAAACUUCCCAGCUGGUCCGCGACGCUCAACAUCUGGUGGCAAUGUGCCGUUAUCCUGUAUGCAGCGGAGACCAAAUAUCAAUUUGAACAUCGAGAUUUGCAGCUGGAUCACAUUUUGGUGGAUCAGAACUAUAACGUAACUUUAUGUGACUACAAACUGUCGCGCGCGCUGAAUGGGCCAAUGAUCUACUACACCAGACUGGAUCAUCCUCUAUUUUUCCAAGGUCGUGGUGAUUACCGUUAUGAGGUGUAUAACACUAUGCGGCACUGGUGCGCCGAUAGUUGGUCUCGAUAUGACCCUCGAAACAAUUUGCUGUGGUUGCACUACCUGGGCGUUAAGCUACUGGAAAAACAAAACGACAUGGCCCACGAUGCCAGCUACUCUGAGUUGCUUAAGUUGGUUGCUCAAGUCAAUCCUCACCGUCGCAGAAAGCCGCUGUUUGGUAGAAAUGAUCAGAUUAUGAGCUGUGGGGACGUGCUGCGACUUCGAAAGUGA